AAUUUCUGCGGUUCAUUAAUGCAGGCGCUUCAGGCACAAAAACUGCGAGAGGGCAAACGUGUUGAAGUUUUGAUUAAAAAAACUAAGCAAUAAUGAAAUGCAAUUACCGAUAAAAAUGCUAAACGAUAUUAAAACCCCCCAACAGCAAUGAGAUAUUUACGAGAACCAAAAUAAAUGUGUAAUGUAAUGCUGAAUAAAAACAAAUAUAUAUAAAACAAAGAACAACAACAAGAAGAAAUAUUUAGGUGCUGUGCUCUCUAUACAAACGUUCUAAAUUAUAUAGUUAUGUACAGACAUAGAUAUAUAUAACCAAAAAUAAACGUUGGCCUAUUAAUUAUAAUUUCAAUUGAAAAGUUUGCUCCAAAAAAGCAACAAAUCGAAUUCUUCCAUUACCAAAUUGCGUAAAAUUAAAGUUAAGACAUUUUAUUAGCCCGCCAUUUCCAAGUCACGGACAAUUAAUUAACUGUGCCAGUAACGGUCCUAAAGUCUAGCGAAUAGUUCAGAAUUUUAAUUAAUUUUCGGCAAUUUUUGCAUGCAAAUACACAAUUACACAAAUAAUAAAAAAUCAUAAAAUAUUUACGACCAUAACUGAAAUUUUCCAGAACAUUUUCGAGCCUACUAACAUUUAUAAAUAUUUAAUAAUAAUACGAAAAUUCAAUCAGCAAUCAAGAAAAAACCAAACAACAAAAAUUUGUUUAAAGUGAAAAACGUUCGGUAUUCGCUUUUUAAAUAAAUAUAAAAUAUAUUGGACAGCUUAAAGGAAACUUAUACUCUUUAACAAAGUGUUGUGAACUACGAAUAAAAAUCAGAUAUUACAUUUAAAUAUAAAAUAAUUAAUAGACAUAAGGUUAUAUAUUACGUAAAUGCAAAUAGUAACGUUUUUAAAUUUACUACCAAGAAAUACGAAUCCGUAUAUCCCUAAAUAUUUUAAUAGCGACAUAAAAAUAGAAAUAAUUUACAUAAAUAGAGUUAACAAAAUAGAAAAAAUAAUUUCAUCGAGCUUCAAGAAAUUAAUAAAACACGCCACAAGCUGCGCUGAAAGCCAAUCACAACAACAAGUAGAGAAAUCGUGUAAAAAUACAAUAACAUAUGCAAUUGUAACCAAAACGACAAGCAAAACAAACAAAUAAACAAACACAAAGGAUAAAUAAAUACGCCAAUUCACUAAAAAAAACGAAACACGUGAAAAGUAAAGUUUUUCCCAUAUUUAUCCUCAACCUUAACCCUCUCCGCCGCUAAAAAGCGCAUUCACGCAACUAACUUGUCCAAAUAUCCUUACCUCUAGCAAUAAUCUACAAGCACAUAUGUACGUACACAGGUAUGCCUUUGUGUGCAUUAAUAUGAAUGUAGGUUGAUGUGUGUGCAUAGUUUGCCAAGUGCAGCCGGAUUUGGCUAUUGUCCAAACAGGCUUCAUUUUAAGGGUAGCACUUUGCCCUUCGAAAUUUUAACGAGCGCCUAAAUGUAGAUUUGCAAUACGCUAAGACGGCGGACGAACAACGACCUUCGCGUGCCGAUAACCCGCCUUUUGCACUGAGGUUCGAAGGACGUCGAAGCGCAUACUAAGCCCCUCACACCCAGCCAAAGCAACUGACGCAAGAAUUCAGGCACAUCACCACAAUCGUAAGACUAAUGACUGCACCGUCUUAACUAAGUGAAUUGCCGUGCCGAAGCACCGUUGGACUGCUAACAACUGAAAUUCGUAAUGAAAGCGUCAUGAGUGAAUGCAAGGAUAAUCAAAAAUGCAGGAAAUGAGUUACCUGCAGGAUAAUUCCAAAUUGGAGGCACUUACCAAAGCCGUACUCAUCUCCAUUCUUGGCGUCGCCAUAGUCAUUUCGAAUCUCCUCAUCAUAGCCACUUACGCGAAUUUCAAAGGUCCCACAGAGGUCAUCAAUUAUUACCUUCUCUCGCUGGCAGUGGCGGAUCUGCUAUGCGGAUUAUUGGUUGUGCCCUUCUCAGUAUAUCCAGCGUUGACCGGAGAAUGGAUGUAUGGCGACAUCGUAUGCCGCUUCACCGGCUACCUGGAGGUGACUCUAUGGGCCGUCUCCGUAUAUACAUUUAUGUGGAUCUCGGUGGACCGCUAUUUGGCCGUCCGAAAGCCACUACGCUAUGAGACUGUACAAACAAAAACCAGAUGUCAAUGCUGGAUGGUAUUUACCUGGAUUUCGGCCGCGUUGCUAUGCUGCCCACCAAUAUUGGGCUACACGAAGCCCAUUACGAACAAUGUGACACACAUUUGUAUGCUGGACUGGGGUAAUAUGGCGGCAUACAGUGCAACACUGGCGAUUUUAGUUUUAGGUCCUAGCGUUAUAUCAAUAGUACAUAAUUAUGGUUACAUUUUUGUAAUGAUGCGAAAACUUAAAUCGGGUGAACCCAUACAUGACAAAGAAUAUGCAACCGCAUUAGCUGAAAAUUUAUCGAAUCCUAGUCAUAUGAUGUCAUUCGUAUUAGUGUUUGCAUUCUGGAUGUCGUGGUUGCCGUGGAUGGCGUUGCGCUUCUACGAAGUGGUGACCGGUGAUGUUAUCCAAAGUACUCUUAUCAAUUUUCUGGUCGUCUGGAUUGGCGUGUUGAAUUCAUUUUGGAAAAUCAUUAUUAUGACCAGUAUGUCACCGCAAUUUCGCAUCGCACUUAGAGUAUUUUGUUUAACUAUUUGCUGUAAGACUAAGGGCCGUCUGCAAGCAGAACUAAUCGGAUUGGACCCAGAUGACUAGAGUCGUUAGAUUUUCCACAGUAUGAACGGUUAAAUUAAUUUUCACAAUUGGUUUACUUUUCAUCAAUUUUCAUUCGAGCUAUGAUCCCUUGUUGUUGCCCUUUUUGUUUUGAUUUUUUGCAAAAUGCACUAUUCAAAUAUGGUGAAAUAUUUUUGAAAUCGCUAUGAUUUGAAGCGAAUAGUGCGCAUUAUGUAAGUCGUAUGUAUGUGUAUAUCGAAUAUACAGAUAUGUUAUUAAAUAUUUGUAUAGUUGGUACGUCAAGAAAAAAUUGAAUGUAAUUCAAAUGUGAAAUUUUGUUUAAAUAUUCAAAUUUGUGAAAGACUUUCGUGGUAAUUGCGGUAGCAGUGAUAACCCCGGGCCGUUUAUCGAUUAUACGAUUAUGUACCCCUAUGUACGUACAUGUAUACAUUUAUUGCCAUGUAUGUGCAUAUGGGUGCAUCUCUCAUACAAAAGUUUUCCUAAAUCAAUUUUUAAAACCUACUUAUGUAUCGAAAUAAUUCGUUGUCUUUUCUUUUAUCGUAGACUUAAUUAGAUUGUAAUUACUUAUAUGAUUAUUGUGACUAUAGUGACGUCGUAACUUAGACUUUUCGAGACUUAUGUGAACUUUAAAAAGUUACCAUAUUCGAAGGAUUAAAUUCUUUUCAUUUAUUUAUUUUUCUUGCGAAAAAGUUGGUGGUCUCGCCGCUUUCAAAGUCACUAACAUAAUUAUAAGGAAAUGUGUGUAAUUUAAGUAUUGUAACAAAAAACAAAAUACGUGAGAAUUGCAUAAAGGUAAGAAAGAAGUAAAUAAAAUAAGGAAAGUUACUAAAAUAUCGCCAAACGGGUAUAAAUAUAUGUACUUAUAUACGUAUACAUUAUUCAUCCAUAUUUUUUCAAUAUAUAUGCCUCCCUCCCAGGGUGCUAACAUUUCAAGCAUGCGAUGUGGAAAUUAUUUAUCAAUCUAUUUCUCUUCCUGAUUCACUGAGGAUCUUACUUAAAAUAUUAUCCAAAAUGUACUUGCUUAUAAAAAUCGUCUAAACAUUCUCUAGGAAAGUAGUGAAACGUCAGCCAACAUAGGCAGUACCUAUUUCUAUCACUAUUUCGAAGCAAUUUUAACUCAUAAUGAGAUUUUUGAAACUCGCACCUAUACAUCUUAUAAUUUUAUAUUAACUUAUUCUUAUAGUAGGAUCCUCUUGGCAGCAGGCUUGAUGAGAGGAUAAAAAAAAUUGGUUUCUUAUUGGUUUAUUGUUAAAUGGAAAAGAAUGAAUUAAAAAUAAAAAAAGGAUCUUUCGGAGAGCAACUGCAGAAGUAAAUAAUUAAAAUUUGUUUCCUCUUAAUCAAGUGCUAAUUAUUUAUAUGCAUGCAUGUAUGUAUAUGUAUAUUUAUGUAUGAUUAGACCUACCGACUAUGACUUGAGUUCUUUAAAUAUUUAAAGUUUUCUAUUGCCCAUUUAUUACUCAAAUUAUCUUUUUAAUAUUUAUAAACGCAUUGUUGCACUCGAAAUUGGUGUGGAAAUAUUUCCAAUUUCUUUACUAAAUGAGCUGCCCAUUGAAAUUUUAUCCUUUUUCCUUAGUGGGAUAAAUAAAGUUUCCCUUUGGGUGCAACACUGCGCUUAUAAGAGCUAAAUUUAUAUAAGUAUAUUGGUAUAUGUAAAUUAAAAGAAUUUUUUAAAUACAUAUGUACAUACUAGUACAUUCAUUCAUACGUAUAUGUACUUAUUUUUAAAAUUUGUUGAAAAUAUUCGAAUUUAUUUUGUUAGCAAGAAUGAAGAAUUUACGAUUUGCUUGACAAGUUGAACUAAAUAAAUAAAAUGAUUUUUUUUAAAUCAUUCCAAUUAU